UUGGCUUUUUCCGCGAUCUGUUACACAAUCCGCUGCGGCGGAAUUAGCGUACACUUUGAAAGACCUCAGAAUGCUUGCAGGUGUGAGAGGUCUUUACCGUUUGCCUUUUAUUAGGGUUUUAAAAUUCAUUUGUGCAGCAGGCAUCUUGGGAUGCUUGAUUCGCGUUUUACUUCUUAAUGACUCACUACAACAAGGUUGUGAAGUAUAUGGGAGUGAUGACACCCAAUUUUUCAACAGUGAUGAACACAACUUGGCUGUAUUGGUUCCUCUGAGAGACAGAUUUGAGGAACUUCAAGAGCUUGUUAUUCAUCUAAGCAAAUUUCUCAGGGAACAGAAAGUAAAACAUCAUAUUUUUGUUAUUAAUCAGGUGGAUAAAUUUCGGUUCAAUCGAGCAAGCCUCCUAAAUGUUGGGUUCAUGGAGGCUGGCCGAACUUAUGACUACAUUGCACUCCAUGAUAUAGACUUGCUACCCACAAAUCAAGAGCUGAGCUACCGAUACCCUUCUUCUGGCCCCAUGCAUGUUGCUGCACCAAACCUACAUCCUCGAUAUCAUUAUCCUACGUUCAUUGGCGGAGUUCUACUUUUAACCAGGGAGCAUUUUUUGUUGGUUAAUGGCCUGAGCAACGUGUACUGGGGCUGGGGGCUAGAAGACGAUGAACUCUAUGCUCGCCUCAAAGAUGCUCAACUACAGAUUCAACGACCUGGUAAUCUGAGCACUGGCACUGCAAGCUUCAGGCACAUACACGACAGGCACGUAAGGCAUCGAGAUGAAGUUCGAUGUUAUGACCAGCACCUGCUCACAAGGAGGCGAGACAGACGCACAGGCCUCAACACCCUCAACUAUUACGUUAUGAGUAGAAGGAAGCUGUCCAUUGAAGGCUUCCGAUUGACGGUGCUGAACGUGGCGCUGCAGUGUGACGAGAAAGAGACGCCGUGGUGCGACUGCCAGCGUAGCAUGAACAAUAGCAACAUGGAGGAAAGCAAGAAAAUCCUAGCCGCCAUCCCGCCAAAUGAACUUAUUGCUCCGAAAAUUGAUAGGAAAAAGCAUAUUUCACGAGAUGCAUAAGCAGUUGUGCCAAAUGUUACUUAUCAACAUUGAUGCUGGGAUCUUUAACGAAGGAUUCGAAGUUCUAAGUUUGCCAGACAGUGUAGUUGUAUUCCAAUUCGAGAUCUGUGGCGUUAGUUUUGGGUCUUUUUAGUUUAAAAUUCCGAUUCGGGGCAGAUUUCCAAAAAGUAAUUGAUAUGAUAGUCACUUUUGCAUUUUUUUUUUGUCUGUGACCGAUUCUUGCAAUAAAUGGUAAGGUUGCGGGCAUUAGACUCCUGUUUUAUUCAGAUUCUUGUAUGCCUAAUGGGAUGGCUAGUGACGAUAUAUGAAAAAUUGACUUCGUUGUUUCACGAUUCGUGUUUUUAUAAACUAGUAUCUCAAGCUUUAUAAGCUUUUGAUAGCAUUUAUUUCUUCAUUUACGCGUAGAUACUUGCAUUAGAGCCACAGCUGAUUGAAUUUUGCUGACUUAAUGUGCAUCCUUCAAUCCUUACUUGCUCUCUUUAAAAUUACCUAUAUCUAAGGACCUGGCAUCAUUAUAUCCUUGAGUUACCGAGUAUUCUAAGCUUUAACGAGUAUUUACAUGAAAGCGUUGAGGAAGCUUCAUUGUUUGUCUUUUACAUGUUCUAGACGAGUUUCUAAGUUAUUUUUAAGUUACUUUAAAAAAUUAUUCGAAGUUGUAGCAUCUUUAAAUUUCUAUUUGAACUUCUAAUAUUUUUGAAGCUAACAUUUUAUUUUGUAGAUAGAAAAUGCGAUAGUUGUGCUUAAAUACUCAAAACCUUCAGCAACGUUACUGAUGAAACUUAGUUAGCAAUAGCAAAGUUCCUUCCUUCCGACUCAAAUUCUGUGCAGGAGUUUGUGUAGUAGACGGCUGGUGCGCCGCCUCUAGUCAUUUACUUGAAUGUUCUGGUCCUAGUGAGUUCGUGGUCGCAGUUGCUCGUUUGCAGUGAUAUGGGCUGUGGUUGUCUUGAUAAUCAACAGUUUGUGUUUGCCAGAGUUAAAUUUCGGUGAACUGUCUCAACUUAGACUUUUGGAUAUUAUUGAGUAUUGACGUAGUUUGUGCCAAACGUUCUCCUGUAGAAGUGAGUAAAAUGAUGAAAAUUACCCUUCCUGCUCUCUAUAAGAAUCUACAAUAUAUGCUCUCAGUCGGGCUAUGCUAGCAUUCGCUUUUUGUGCCAGCAUGCAUCUGGUUUCGUGACAUUUUAGGUGUUCGAUUGUUUUUCCUAUGUUUAAUGACUUUUCCGUAGUUUCCCCUUGGCGAAAUUUUUUGCUGGCUUCAUGUCUUGUAACUCGGAUCGAUCUAGUAGUAUCAUUUGAGAUUUAUUUAAGGUCUGAAGUAUUUGGAAGUGACGCACGCCCCUAGAUUUUCAUUUGUAUUUCAUCGAAUGACGUGGCGAGUAUCGUUGCUGCUUUUCCUUGUCUGACCGGAAUGUCGUAAUUAAACGCUUUUUAUUUAGUCUUAGCUGCUAGUCACUUCCGCAGUAUGCCAAAUAUUAAUUUAUAAUAUGUUGCGUGAGCAACCUCGAAUAGGGAGAAGAGUCUCAACACUGCUGUACUCAACAUUCUUCCUCUCAGUGGACGCUUGUCGUUCAUCAUGGCAGUGUUACAUUCCUCAAUUAUUUUUCCUGUUUACUGUUCAAUUGUUCUAGUUAAAUUAGCCUUAGAAAUACCGGAGUGUUCUUAAAUUAAGUUUGGAAGUGUUUUUCUCAACGUACGGAUUUAACGAUACUAGGCUCCAUGGGAAGAUUGUCGUUUUCUAUACGUAACGUCUCGGCUGCAGAGAGUGAAUAACACAAAUUGAGGUAAAUGUAAGCACGGAAAGUAUCUUUAUUGUUUAAUUUUUAUUCGCUUGCGAGCUGUUGUGCUCAAGUCUUGUUUUAUUAAUAAAUACAAGUAACUUA